UAUCAGUGAAAGCGAACCUUCCUGAAGGGUGUGUUUGAUAAUAUUGUAUUUUGGAAGUUGGACACGAAAUUCUGCUAUAACCAUGGCAUCUACAAUUGAGGGCAUAAAGAAAAAAAUGAUUGCAACGAAAGAGAAGGCCGAAGAAGCUCGGGAGAGAGAAAUCGAUGCGAAGAGUGAGCUGAAAAUGCUGAAAGAAACCAUCUCUACCAAGGAAGACGAAGCUGCUAGCUACAGGAGGCGCAUCCAGUUUUUGCGAUCAAAAGUCAAAGAGGCCACUGCUGAAACAGACGAGAAACAAAAGAGGCUGAACGAACUAACAGAAAAAGCCGAGGCCGAGGCUGAUAAAGGAAGAGAACUUACUUACGCUGAGGUAGAGACUGAUGAACAUCUGCGAUCGAUCGAGGUUCAAGUACAAGACGCUCAGUCGGCUGCUGAAAACUCCCUCAUGAAAUUGAACGAUGCGCAAAGGAAACUCACUGUUCUCGAAAACGAUCUGCACCGCUCAGAAGAUCGUAGAGAUCGAGCCGUGAAGCGAAUCCCUGAAUUGGAACAGAUGAUCCGCACCGCGGGAGAAAAUCUGCGCAAACUUGAGCAAGAUGACGUGUUGGCUAGUGAGAGAGAAAACGACAACGAACAGAAAAUUAAAAUACUGCAAGAAGAGUUAAAAAAGAAGAUUGAGGCAUGCGAGGAGACCGAAAGGCUGGAGCAAACUUCUCUUCGACGAGUUGAUGAAAUUGUGGCAGAAAUAGAAGCUGAGCGAGAAAAGAAACACAAACUUGAAAAUGAGUUCGCAGAAAUAGAACAACUAGAGUAAAGGUGUUUGACGUUUUAUCUGUUUUGCUUGCAGCCAAGAUAUUCGAACCACAUGUACUGAAAGUAUUUACAGAAGAAGAUUAUGUUUACUUAAGUGGUUCCUAAACGUUUAUUUGAAAAGGGACUUUCGAAAAAAAUGAUAUUUUUCAUUUCGAAAAUAGAAAUGUUAAAUUUGUUUUUCUAAUUGUAGUAUUUGUUUAGAUAAGUGACGUUGCAAUUUUAAUGUGGGCUGCUCUUAAUGUUAGAAAUCCCAAGGGUUUCAACCAGUUAACAAAGGCAUUUGUACAUCAGGCAAACAUUGGAAAGAACAAAGUGCUUAGAAAGUUAAAAUGCUUGCUUUGGCUUCAAGUUACUCAACUUAUUCUACUCAGCAGUUAUGUAACACAUGGACCCCUGGGGUGGAAGGGGGAUGGAGCAGAAAGCAGGUGUUAGUUUUUCACAGGGUACCCUGAUAUGUAAAUGGACCUUUCUAAACAUUGUGAUGGUGAGGACUAUCUCUUCUCUUUCCCAUACCUUUCCUUAAACUUCCUUAGCUGAGCAAAGUGUUAGUUGUGAAGUAACUUAGACUUGCAAAACAAACUGAAAUUUCAUUAUAAGCUGUACCCAGAAAGCAAGGAAUCUGUAGUGCUAACAUUUGCCCAUUUAGUAUUUGGUAAAUUGAGUUGUUAUAUUUCUAAAGGGACUAUCCAAUUGGUUUCCUGGGUAUUUGAAUUUUGCAUAAUGCGCAAAAUGUUUUAUUGCUCGUGAUGAUGAGUAACAUGUAGUUCUCCCAAUUUGCUGUCUUGGAACACAGCACAAAAGAAUAGGUUUUGCCAUAGUUUAACACAUAGAACCUCGUUAUCUCUAGCUCGGUUAUCUCAAAUUCUCUGCUCAAACUCAAAUCAUUUUCCCUUGGAUAUACUUUUUCAGUCACUUCCUAACAGCUACCUUGAAGCCCCGACAGCUCAAAAUUUUUUUCGUUUCGCUAGCAGGUUUUAACUGUAGUGGCAUCUUAUUUAGCACACUUGUAAAGGAGCUAUUAAUAAAUUGGUCAUUACUGGGAAAACA